UAAAUAAAUGUUUACUUUACUUACUUACUGAAGGUGGAAAAGAAAAAAUUGAUUUUCUAUGUCCUAAUUUGAGAAUACAUAGAAAUAUUCCUAUAGGUUAAUUUUUCAUGUUAGAAUUGUGCUGCUCAAGUGGAUGUGAGGGAUUAACAUUUGAAAAACAUAGUAAACUUAAACUUAGCAAUUAGUUACAAAUAAAUAUGAAGUUAUACAUAUUUUUGAUUUGUAUCGCAUUUGUGUUUGGGGAACAAGAGAUAAAGAAAAGAAAGAUCCCAACACUGAAAUUUACCAAUGACAAUGUUGGAGUAUAUGUGUUUGAUGAUCUUGUGCAUCCUGCUGUUGGAAGUGCAAUGCGACAGUAUUUGGCGAGAGGAGAAUAUUCGUACUCAUAUUUAUACCCAGACCCUUACGAAAACAUGCCAGAAAUUCCAAACAGUGGCAAUCUUCAUUGGAGAGCCUUUGUAUCACCAGCUAACUUAAUAAAAAUGAGAAUGUGGAAAUACAUAAGAGAAUGUUACAAAAGCUUACCAGAUGAUAUUGUUCAGGGCCGGAGGUUUCUGCCAUAUGAAGCAACUGGUAUACUGUUACAACGAGGAGAUUUUCCUGUUGCAUUUAAAGGGGAAGAAGAUGCAACCGAUAAAAUUUUUAUCCGUAUUUUUCUAACUCCAAAGAUGGGCAAAAACGCAUACAGCGAUCAAACAUUUUACGAUGAAAAUGAUGAGAUUUUUGCUUCUAUUCAUCCUAAAGUGAAUCGUAUUGUUGCUUGGUAUGGAAACGUGUCAACACUGUUUCGCCCUCCGUCAAUGGGAAACCAGCAGCCAGAAUACAGCCUUUUUUUGAAGCUAACUCCUGAUACUACCUUGUUUAACAAAGCUUGUGAGGAUUUUAAUGAAAAGAAAGAAAAAAUGCUUGAAAGCAAAAAGCUUCCAUUCCCAUUCAAGAAUUCUGUCAAUAAAAUCGAUUAUGACAAAAUAAAUUUUUCUGAUCAUCUGGUUGGUCAGUACUUUGAUAGAGAUAAUAACGUUGUCGCAUUUUUCGAUGAUAUAUUUCCAAAAGAGUUUGUAGAUGCUGUGCGAACCUACUAUACCCAUUAUCACAGUGGGUUGGGAUAUAAUCCAUAUGAUCCUGCAUCAUCAGAAACACACGAUAAUGUUAACUGGUUGAUACAACUCGAGCCCGAAUCCGUUCUUAACACGCCAUACAUCGAAAUGAUAAAAAGAAUGACAGCAUUUUUGACAAACAAAACAGACUGGUACCCUUACGAUGUAUCUUGCAAUUUAAUCCAACAUACUCAUCAUACUAGAAUACAUCUUGACUGUACUAACCAAGAGUAUGAAUUCACUUUUUUGAUGUACUUAAAUCCCAACUGGACCGAAGAUAUGUACGCUGAGACUUCAUUCUAUCAGUUUGAUAAAGAAACACUUGAACGAAUCGAACAAAUGAGUUACGAUAAAGUUGACAGGGAAGGUUUGGAGUCGUAUGAUCUGUUGGCUGCUGCUAUACCCAAGUUUGGUCGCAUUGCGUUGUUCCGAAAUUUAAUCCCUCACUCAGCCAGGCCGCCUGCUCCAACAUUUUUAGCUGCUCGCUACACAUUUCCUGUUAAGCUUUCAGAAAGCCAUAAUAUGGGAAGAGCCAAAAUGCUGCGCGAAGCAUUGGAAUAUAAAACAGACGACAUAGAAGAGGAUCCCCUAUACAAUCCUCUGAAGAUAGGAGAAUACGCGCCAUAUUUGAAAGAAGAAAAACGAGACUGGGUGGAGAAGCAUUUGCAAAAAAUGAGAGAUUGCAGAAAGAAAGACAACCAAAAUGGAGUUCUCCAACUCGAAGCUCUCCUAUUCCCCGAAAAGUUUCGUCCGACGAAAACAGAACUUUAAUAAGGCGUUGUAAAUGUGGUUUCGUGAUUUCUUUAGUGUUGUUUUUUUUGUAUUUCUUGCCUUUUUUGGUUUUUUAUUAAUUUUUUGUUGACUGCAUUUCGUUUUUUAUAGUUGUAUAUUUUGCCAAAAAGCAAGUUAUUUAUUAGACUUGAUUUAGAAUUUUUUGUAUGACAUUUUAAAUGGUUUUUUAUACCUUAAUAUUUACUAUGAAA